CUGGGGACUCCCGGAACCAAAGUAAAGUGGAUACAUUCUCCGGCGUACACUUCCGUGAACGAACAGGAAGUGGGGAUCGUCGGUCUUCCUGCUGCAGCCCCGGGAUGGCCCUGGACGGGCUGGCCGGCUAUGUGUAUAAAGCGGCGGCUGAGGGUCGGGUCCUGACUUUGGCUGCCCUUUUGCUGAAUCGGACGGAGUCGGAGAUCCGGACUCUGCUGGGCUCUGUCACUCAGCAUGGCGGACAAAGAUCCACCCCGCUUAUCAUCGCCGCCCGCAAUGGGCACAGCAAGGUGGUGCGUCUCCUGCUAGAGCAUUACCGGGUGGAUACGCAGCAAACCGGCACCGUGCGCUUUGAUGGAUAUGUUAUCGACGGAGCUACAGCUCUGUGGUGCGCGGCCGGAGCCGGACACUACGAGGUGGUGAAGCUGCUGGUGAGCCACGGAGCCAACGUGAACCACACAACCGUCACCAACUCUACCCCUCUACGGGCCGCGUGCUUCGACGGCAGGCUGGACAUCGUGCGCUUCCUUGUGGAGAACAAUGCGAACAUCGGCAUCGCCAACAAGUACGACAACACGUGCCUGAUGAUCGCUGCCUACAAGGGCCACGCUGACGUUGUGCGUUACCUCUUGGAACAGAAAGCCGACCCAAAUGCUAGGGCUCACUGCGGAGCUACGGCUCUGCAUUUUGCAGCAGAGGCUGGACACUUGGACAUUGUUCGCGAGCUGGUGAAGUGUAAAGCAACCAUGGUGGUCAACGGCCAUGGAAUGACCCCUCUUAAAGUCGCGGCUGAGAGCUGCAAGGCUGAGGUGGUGGAGCUUCUUCUUCAGCAUUCUGAUUGUGAUGCGGAGAGCCGCGUGGAGGCGCUGGAGCUUUUGGGCGCCUCCUUUGCCAAUGACCGGGAGAAUUACAACAUCACCAAGACCUACCAGUAUUUGUAUCUAGCCAUGCUGGAACGCUUCAGAGAUCCUGCCAACAUUCUCCGUAAGGAGGUUCUACCUCCUAUUGAGGCGUAUGGAAUGAGAACAGAGUGUCGCAACCCGCAGGAGUUGGAUGCUAUCAGACAUGACGCUGAUGCUUUACACAUGGAGGGCUUGAUCGUGCGUGAACGGAUACUUGGAUCCGACAACAUUGAUGUGUCACACCCGAUCAUAUACAGAGGGGCUGUGUACGCAGAUAACAUGGAAUUUGAACACUGUAUUAAGUUGUGGUUGCAUGCCCUGCAGCUGCGUCAAAAGGGAAACCGAAACACACACAAAGACCUUCUGAGAUUCGCGCAGGUGUUUUCCCAGAUGAUCCAUCUCAACGAGCCCGUCAAGGCAUAUGAUGUGGAGAGCGUACUGAAAUGCAGUGUUCUGGAAAUAGAGCGUGGGGUAUCACGGAUUCGGAAUCCCCAGGAGCCUGAUGCCCACUCAGCAGUGGAAAACCACGAGUGCAAUCUUUAUACUUUUCUCUACCUCGUCUGCAUCUCCACAAAAACACGAUGUUCAGAGGAGGAACAGUCUUGUAUCAACAAGCAGAUCUACCGGUUGGUGCAUCUAGACCCUCGCACCCGGGAAGGCUGUAGCCUUCUGCACUUGGCUGUAGACUCUAGCACCCCGGUGGAUGAUUUUCACACAAAUGACGUUUGCAGCUUCCCCAGUGCCCAAGUGGCGAAACUGCUUAUAGACUGUGGGGCAGACGUGAAUGCCACCGAUAAUGCCGGUAACAGCCCGCUGCACGUGAUUGUUCAGUAUAACCGUCCCAUUAGUGACUUUCUCACGCUGCAUUCCAUCAUAAUUAGUCUAGUGGAGGCCGGGGCCCACACAGACAUGACUAAUAAAGAGAAGAAGACCCCGCUGGAUAGAAGUACCACUGGGGUAUCUGAAAUUCUACUAAAAACGCAGAUGAAGCUGAGCUUAAAGUGCCUGGCAGCUCGUGCUGUGAGACUCCACAAUAUCAAAUAUCAUAAUCAAAUUCCCAGGAGUCUGGAGGAGUUUGUGGAAUUUCAUUGAAUGCUUAUAUGGAGAAAUUAUAUAUAUUUUUUUCAGUCCUUCUGAGUAUUUUCAGGGCUAGAUGUGAAUAAUUCCUGAGGGUCCCUUUUUCUCCUGCAAUAGCCAACAAUAUGACCUCUUCAAUAGUAUGAAGUUCGUGUUCCCUGCAUUUUCAGUGACCGGUGUAUCCCUGUCCUGUUAAACAGGCGUCUAUACAGGGAAGCUGCUUCCAGACUAUUGCUCAAAGGUCUUUGAGACAUAAGGUGCUGAGGUUGAUGUCAUAUUUCUGUCAAGACUGGGUACGCCGAUAGGAUUCACAAAACACAUGUAUUUUUAAUUUAUAUUCAUUUGGAGUUUUAUUGUUAAACAAAUGUAUUUUAAAAAACACACAUUUCCUCUGAGGAUUUUUUUUAAAUCGCUCUUUCUACAGUCCUGAAAUCAUGGAAAUAGGGAAAAAAAAGAUUUUAUUUUUAAUUUAUAUAUUUUAAGUUAGGGUUAUUAUUGAAAUCAGCUUGUGACGUGUUGUCACUGUAAUGCAAAAUAAUUGCCAAAAUCGGCACAACCCAAGUGAGCUCUUCUCCAAUUCUAAAAGGACAGGUCAACGUUUUAAACUGUCCUCGCUGACUUAAAUCAGGAUUCUCAGAACUCUGGUUAGAAAGUUCUGUGAUAAUGUGCUUAUAUGAAGCCAGCAAACUCAUUGCUUUUGGUGGCCUAGAAGACACGGACCAUUGUGUACUCUGAAUAAGCAGCGUGCAUCAUGGCGUUACAUUGGCCACCAUGCAAGCCUUCUGACCAGACUGGUGCUCAAUGUAAUUAACAUUUUAUUUACUCCUUAAUGUGUUGGUGGGAACAUAAGAUUAUAUUCAGGGUAGAGUAGAACUAUCAGCCUAACUGGAGAAGAUGACCAUGUUGGACAUGUUUUCCAGGACACACGCAUAGAUGUCACAUAUUGCUGACCAGCUCAUGUAAAGUGCUGACCGGCCUCUUGUGGGAUGUAUAAACUCAUGGAAGGGAAUCUCUUACUCGGCGUACUGGAAGAAAAUGAUGAAUGUGGUUUCCUUAUUUGCAUUCCUUUGACGGCAGUACUGGGCCACAAUGGACCUCAAGGUGUUGUAGACUGCACCCUUUAGCAU